AUGUCGUACACUUACAGAGACCGCGAACGAGACUGGGACGAGACCCGUCCUGUGUCAAUCAAACGCUACGUCAUUCCUGCUGAGGACGAACGUCGAGACUUCAUGUCGAGACACGAUGACAGUUUCGGCGGCGAGCGCGAGCUGGUGAUCCGGCGCAAGACGGAUCGUGAUGAACCAGUGACCGUCUCGCGCUACGAGCGAGAAGUGGAGUAUGAACCCACGCGCUACGAGAGAGAAUACUACGAUCGUGAGUACCUACCCCAUACCAAUCGUCCACACUCCCGAUCCGUGGAUGCCCUGGAACGAAUGGAGCAGUCCCCUACUGUCACCACCAUUACCACCCGAAACAUACUUAUUCGUGAAGCUCGCACCUCGUAUACCAACCCCCGUGAAUCCGAGUAUGAUGUCGUGCGCCGUUCCGAGGGCGACGAGGAUCCGUAUUACUACCACCGUCACCGUCGAGUCCGAGAAUUCGACGAAACUCGCCCCCGGCGUGAGUUAAGCCCUGAUGAUUCAGUUUCCCAGACGAGUCGCCGCCGCCGCGGCGAUCGUGAUCAGGACUACAGCAGCGAUGAUAGCAUGGUCUACAUCCGAAAGGAGACCCGUGACUAUGACGACCACUCUCACCACCGACGUCAUAUGGCAGAGGGUGCAUUGGUAGGUGCUGGUGCGGCUGAAUUGUUACGCAGCCGCAGCAAAAAGGAGGGCGAAGUCAGCCAUGGCAUCGGCCGCAUUGGUAAGACUGUUGGCGCCGGUGCUCUUGGUGCAGUCGCCGUGAAUGCUGCAUCGCAUGCUCGUGACUACUAUCACCGUAGUAAGAGCCGCCACCGUGCUCAUUCCUUCGACGAUGAGCGUUCUUCCCAUCGUCACAGCAGACAUGGCCGGGGUCGUUACAGUCGCAGCCGCAGUCGGAGCCGCUCCCACUCGCGCUCUCGUACAAAGACGCUGGUUGAGUUGGGACUUGGUGCUGCGGCCGCGGCUGCUGUUGGUGCGGCUUUAAUGCGUAGCAAGUCGAAAGCCCCAGAACGCAAAAGCCGGUCUCGCACUCGCUCCCGUUCUCGAGCUUUUAGUCGGGGUCGUUCAGAAAAGGAUGGAGAACAUGGCAAACGCAGCAUGUCUGAGCGCCGCAAGCAUAUGGCUGAGGCUGGACUAGCUGGCGCGGCCGUUGCUGGCCUGGUUGAAAAGGCCCGCAGCCACUCGCGCUCUCGAAAGGGUGAGCGCUCCCGCUCCCAUAGUCGUCUGAGACAAGCCCUGCCCAUUGUCGGUGCCGGCCUUGCCACUGCUGCUGCCACGGGUCUCUAUGAGAAGAAGAAGAGUGACAAAGAAGAAAAGGAAGGCUCGAGCCGGGGCCGCCAUCGCUCAAGGUCUCACAGCCGCGCCCCGUCACAGUCCUUCCCCGAUCCAGCUCGCGACUCAGCCGGCCUGAUCGAGUACGGCAACGACCCAGUCGCAGGUAGCAUCCCAUCUGAGCACUACUACGGUCAGCGCGGCGCGCCCUAUGAUGCACAUGAAGCAUAUGCUCCCAGACGCCAUACCCGCAGUCGUAGUCGUAGCCGAGCCCGCUACAGCAGCUCAUCCGGCUCCGACCGCGAAGGUCACCGCCAACGAAGCAAGAAACACCGCAGCCGUUCAAGAGAUCUCGCGGGUGCCGCCCUGGGCGCAACAGGACUCGGCUAUGCCGCACACAAGUUCAACGAGCGUCGCAAGUCCAAGGAACGCGAGCGCGAGCGCGAGUACUCCAAACAUGACGAUAACGUCCACCGUGAUCCUUAUGAAGAAUCCUAUGACCCAGAGCCAUACCCGCUUUCCCCACAGCAGCCCCCGGGCCCCCCGCCCAUGGCUGACCCCAACUACUACCCCAAUAACAACUACAAUUACCCCCCUCCUCCGGGCGACUCAACCUAUAACCUGAACUCAACCCCUGCUCCCUACAACCCGGCAGACUACCCUCCUCCACCUGGCGCUGCCCCGCCACCACAACCUUACGCCUACGGCGCUGUGCCACCAGGAACAGCACCAGGACCGGGACCCGAGCAAUAUGCACCUCGGCCACGUAGGGCUGAUGAAAAUGUGAGCUCCUCCACUCUCUCUACUGCAAACCAUGCGCACAAGGGUCUAAACAUACACCCAUUUCCAACAUCUCUACCCCGGUCAACUAGUCAACCACCACAAGUCUCGAAAUCAGUCACUUUCGACCUGACGGGUUCGCCACAGGAUCCUGGCUACGAGACCGAUGAGAGCGACUCUACCAUUGAACCGCAUUCUUCUUCGCAUCGCGGACAUAGAAGCCACCGUCGCGAUCGAGAUCGUCAUAGCCAUCACCAUCGUCAUCAUCACCACCGCUCCUCAUCUGUCCCUCGUCCACCUAUGCCUUAUCCUAGUACUGCUUCCAGUCACCAUCGACAUCACUCCUCAGCCCCAAGACACCACGAGGAAAGAGACAGGAACAAAGUCUCUGAAUCAGAGUCUGACUCAACUAUCGACCUACCCGGCCGCUUCGACGGGCAAGGCCGUCUUCUUCCUGAGCGGGAUCCUGCUGUGGAAAAAUUCGAGGACCUGGUGAAUAAGUUUACCAAGGUUCUGUUCUAG